GCAUAAUGUCUAAUAAAAAGCAAAUAUCGUCCCUACAGAAGAGGCAAGAGGUUACUGAAAAUGUGUUUUUAUUCGUGCCAAACAUAAUAGGUUAUAGUCGUGUAAUUCUUGCCAUACUGUCAUUGUAUUUAAUGCCAUCCAAUCCAUGGACAUGUAUGGGACUUUAUAUAGUUUCGUGUUUUUUAGACGCAGUGGACGGAAAUGCUGCCAGAUAUUACAAUCAAUGUAGCAAAUUUGGUGCAGUUUUGGAUAUGGUUACAGAUAGAUCUACUACGAGCUGUCUACUAUGUUUUCUAGCUUCUGCCUACAAACCGUGGGCUAUGGUUUUCCAACUAUUAAUAUCUUUGGAUCUCAGUAGUCAUUAUAUGCAUAUGUAUAGUUCUUUAACAGCUGGCGCCGCAAGUCACAAACAAAUUUCUAAAUCAUCAAACCCCAUUUUAAGAGCAUACUACUCGAAUAACAAAGUUCUUUUCGCUUUUUGUGCAUUUAAUGAAUUAUUCUUCGUGGCGUUAUACCUUUUAUCAUUUGAGAAGACAUCUAUCGGAUCAUGGAAGGAUUUCUCCUUACUCCAUCUACUCGCCUUAAUUUCAUUUCCAAUUUGUGCUGGUAAACAAAUAAUAAAUGUAAUUCAGUUGAUCAGCGCAAGUCAGAGUUUGGCCAAGGUUGAUAUUGAAGACCGCAAGAAAACAACCAUGUAA